UUGCAGUAAGAAUAAGGGAGAUAUUUUGUUUGUUAUUUCUAACAUUUUUCAUUAAAGAAGAUUUCCAUUUUAGGUAGUGAAUGCAUACCAUCUUCGUGUUAGAAGAAAAAAUCCAGUGACUGGCAAUUAUGUGAAAAUGAGCUUACAACUUUACCUGGUUGACAACAGAAGCUAUCUUUUGGAUUUUAAAAGCAUUGAUGAUGAGGUAGUGGAGCAGAGGUCUGGUUCCUCAACACCUCAGCGUUCCUCUUCUGCUGCCGGCUUACAUAGACCAAGAUCAAGCUUUGAUUCUGUAACUGCGGAGAGCCAUUCACUUUCUGGCUCUCUCACUGGCUCCUUGACUGGAAGCACGUUGUCAUCAGUUCCACCCCGCCUGGGCAGUCACACCAUGGAUUUUUUUGAAAUGUGUGCCAGUCUGAUCACUACAUUAGCCCGUUGAUGAUUCUUCCCUAGUUUCUAUCUUUCUGUUAUUGUACUGUGAAAAUCAGACAUAUUCUUUAAAUUAUUUUACCUAUGGAUAUCACAUACUCUGCAAUACUGAUUGACAGACACGAAUAUCUCCACGGACCCUUAAUGCCAUUGAAAUUACUGAAAACAAAAAAGUCUGACAAUUUAUUUAUUCACAGACACCUGUAUUUCUAUUUUGCCUGAGAUAAAUUCACAUAGGCAGUAUUUUUAAAAGGUGAAAUUGAUGAAGAUUAGUGUUAAUUUAAAAUUGUGAGUUCACUACAGAUGAUUAAUACACCUUCACUGGGGAACCAUUUUAAUCAAAGGUUGAUUUGGUAGCACCUCUUUACUGUUUAUUUCCUAAAUUUCAGCAGGCUUUAAGUUGUGUUUAUACACCCAGUUCUCUUACACAUGAUUAAAAAAAUCAAACAACCAUUAUUAGUAAGAUAGUAUUUAAAUGUUGAAACCUUAAAAGCCUGUCCCCCAAAUUUCAGAAGCUAAGUUCUAGCAGUUCUUGAAGAUACUGUUUACUGUUUAACAGAAGAGCUGUGGUCCUGAAGCUAGUAACCAUGAUGUCUAGGUUCCUGGAAGACAGCUGUAAUGAACUAGAGGUUUUAUCCUGAGAUUUCUCCAGGUAAUAUAGUUAUCUUAAGAACCUUCAGGGUUCUACUCAGUAUUGGAAGAUGUGUAAUUGCAACAAGUUUUGUCUUUUCAUAAACUUAAAUCAUUUUAAACC